AUGACGUUGUCUGAUGAAGACGCUAAAGGGCAAGUUGUCAACAGCAAGGAACGAAUUGACGACCAGACGAAAUCCAAAUGGCAUGCUCAAGUUUUUGUCUACACUGGAGGUAACCAGAAGGUUCCUCAUGACGUUGUCCGUGGGCGCAUCCACCCAAGCUGCAAGCGAAUCGAGAAGGAGGCAUUCAAAGAGCGGGAAUCUCUGCUUGCGGUGGAAUUCUCAGUGGGGCUUCAAGAGAUCUGCGACGGAGCCUUUAAAGAAUGUGCAGGUCUGGAAUACAUCGUCACACCAUCGACAUUGAAGAAAAUUGGAGCAAGUGCGUUCUUUGGCUGCCUCAAUAUGAAAUUUAUAAAAUUGAAUCGACGUCUUGAGCACAUUUCCACGUCGGCCUUCAAGGAAUGCUGCGCCCUCGAGAUUGUGCAUCUCCCCCCAACAGUGUCAAAGCUUGGUGCUUUUGCAUUUUCAAAGUGUUGCCUAUUGAAGGAGGUGGCUCUGAGUCGAGCCUUGAAGAAAGUCCACAAAGGAACGUUCGAUGACUGUCCGGAGCUCGAUUUGAUUGUGAAACAGAAUUACACUCUCUUUGCUGCUGGUGAACCGACCGACGUCAAAAUCGACACCAACCACAGAAAAGCUUCGAAAGAUGUUUUUGACAAACUCGAGAAGUUGAUUGCAGAGCGAAAGAAGAAACAAGUGAACGAUCAGGGCGAUUCCAAGCCGACGAUUCAAACGGCAUCCAAUGAAGAUGGAAAACCUGCGGAAACUUUGAAUAUCGGGAAUGCGCUGAAGGAGAAAGAGAAGGAGCUUGCAAAUUUGCAUGCCACACUGGAACGAAAAACAGAAGAAUUUAAUGCGCUACAGUCCGACAUGGAAGGCAAGCUGAAGAAACUCACUGACGACAACGAAUCCAUGAAAGACAAACUGCAGAAAGCAACAGAAGAAAACGAAUCUACGAUAGAAGCCAAUGUGACGUUGGAGCAAGAGAAUGAAUGCACGCGCAAGGCAUACAAUGACAUCGAGUCGAAGCUCAAUGAAACGGAAUCGAAGCUCCAAUCCACAAAGGAUUUCUUGGAGAGGGAAAAGUGUGAAAAGGCGGGAACUGUGGAAAGGCUCCUAGAAAUCACUGCCAAUUAUCGUGCAUUGAAGGCAGAAAAUGUGAGAUUGCAGAAAGAGAAGGAGGAUAAAGAUGCUAGCCUCCUCAAGACAACUGAAAAGGUUGGUGCUUUACGAGAACAAAUCAAAACAUUGCGGAAGCAGGAACAUCGCCGAGGCCAUGAUUCUGUUGUGUCGGCGGAUGACACCGUCCCAAAUGACCUGGAAGGCAUAUCGAUUGGAUUGGAUAGUUCGCAAUCGCGAACUGCUAGGUCUAAGGUAUCUUCGGUCACGGGAGGUGAACAUUUUGAGUCCUGUGCAGAAGACCUGGAAUCGUCAGCGAAGCGAUCUUGGCAAUCGACUCGGAAGCGCAAGAGAACACCAAAGGAAGCAUCGACAAAGUCUCCGGAAAAUUGUGUGAAGCAUGUAAAAGCAUUGGAACAACGUCUAGCAAAGAUGAAGAAGAACUUGCAGACUACUGAAACUGAAGCUGAAGGUGAAACAAAUGAUACCAAUGAAUCUCAGAGUGGAUAG